CAGGGCGUCGCGACGGCUCCAGACGCGACAUACGCGCAUAGCUGAAAAUGUGACAUCGAAGGACGUAGCGGUUUUCUUAUCACCAUCGUUGACAGUUUUUUCAAUUUCUGUGAAAGAUCGCCAAAACUUCGAAGGCUGUCGCGAGGAUUUCCAAGACGGUUGCUUCUUGUGUAUCGUUGGUAUUUAUGGUAAUUGCGUAUCGUGACGCACAGUGAAAAUGUAACUGAAGGGGCAGGCACGAUCGUUUGUGACAAGUUCCAAGGUGAAAGCCUGUUCUCAGUGAAUUGGACGAUUACGUUAAAAUUAAUUCGUCAUUCCGCAGACACGCCUUUUUCAUCGCCUAAAGGAUUACUACCAACGUGAUGAAACUUCACGAGAAAAAGGAGUCCGGAAUACACAGAGUGCAGGAGAUUCCUUUGGAGGAGUUGGAUCUGUCGAAGGAGUAUGAAGUGGAGAAGACGCUCGGCGAGGGUAGUUUCGCCAAAGUUUUACUAGCGACUCAUCGAGCGACGCGAACGAGAGUCGUGCUGAAAGCCGUCCAUCAAGAACUCACUACGGAGAAGGACUUUUUCCGCGAAUUUCACUACUCGUACCAUUUGAGCCCGCAUCCGAAUAUAUUGUGCUCGUACGCGGUCGCGUUCAAAGCGGAGAAGUGUUUCGUUUUCGCGCAAGAAUACGCUCCUUACGGAGAUCUAGCGGGCAACGUGAGAGCCGGAGGGUUGAGCGAGGAAGCGUGCAAAAGGAUCGCCAGCCAGCUCUGCUCCGCUCUCGAUUUCAUUCAUUCGAAGCAGCUCGCACACCGAGACAUCAAACUGGAAAAUGUACUGGUGUUCGCGCUCGACAUGUCCAAGAUCAAACUGUGCGAUUUCGGGUGCACGAGGCGCGAAGGAACUCUCGUUAACAAGAUCCGAUGCACUUGGCUACCCUUCCAACCACCCGAAAUCUACGAAAUAGUGAAAAACGAGAGGUACGCAUGCAAGAGGAGCGCCGAUUGCUGGCAAUUCGGCAUCGUGCUGUUCGUCUGCCUGACUGGAAAUCCACCGUGGCAGACUGCCGAUCUGAUUCAGGAUCCGGAAUAUUCGGCCUUUCAAAGGUGGCUGAAGAGAAGAACCACCAAAGUUCCACCAACGUUCAGACGAUUCACGCCCAGAUUACUGCGAUACUUUAGGCGGACGUUCGAGCACAAACCUGAAAAAAGGCCGCACGUAACCGAGAUCAACAAGUAUCUGAAGGAUUCCUGGUGCGUAAACAAAAUCAGUCACAGCGCCACGUCCACGUUGGUAGACGCUAGCGAAGGAAUACCGAGGAGAGGCGACAGUCUACUUUACCUGGACACCGUCCUAGACGACCAACGAAACGUCGACGAGAACAAGAACAAGCUGAGGAAGCUUCUGAAUAGUUACGGCCUGGAGACGACGAUCGAUCAGAAAGUCGUGACCAAGAGGAUCUGGGAAUGGGUGAUGCAGUGCGAUUCGAACAUCGCGGAGCCGGCAUUCGUCGGUAGCCUCGGGACAGAAACCAUGUGAGGGAUGGUGAAAGCUUCUAGCGAACCUUGCCUUAGAAGCGAUCGUCAGGAACGAAAGUACAGUUUCGGUGGCUUCGAUGCUGCCCGCGACGAAGACACUUCGUCGUCCCUACAAUGUGCCAAAGCAACGUUCGAAAGAGCGGCGACGAACUCGCCAUCGAUCUUCCAUUAGGUCGGUGCAUCGUCGCUUCCGCACAGCGGCGUCGCGUCGAAUUUCCACCGACGGCCGAUAUGGACGCGAAAAAGUGUGAUAAUCCUUCUAUCAUCUUCCUCCACUCGUUACACAUUUCUUCCUUUGUUUCCUGCUCAUCGUGCCCAUUCGACUCAUUCGCGUAACGCCGUUCUUCUCAUUUUCCUUCCUCUUUUCUUCCUUUCCUCGCUAGAUUCCUCGCUACAUCAAUCUUCUCUACGAGCGGACCAAUUAUCGACAAAUGUAUGUGCGUAUAUACACAAACAUGUAUAUAUUAUCACGUACGGGCAUCUUUUCGUACACUUCCUCUCCCGUGAACGAAUCUUCGACGACGAGAAUCGCCUAAAAACUGUAGGAAAUAGCCGAGUGCGAUGAAGGCGAAAUUACGGGCGAUUCUCUUCCUUUCCAGUAAAGAAUACGAAACGUAUGUGAUAAAACAAACUCGUUAAGACUGCGGCGAAUGCGAGCGUAACUGCGAUCGGUGUUUUCGGUGUCGACUAUAGAGACAAUAAUGACUGCGGAUUUCCUAGUAAUUUAUUACGUUAUGAUAAUUAUACUGUAGUUUAACGAACGGUAACCGGUAGGGGUCACUGUACGAGGCCUUGCGUGAAAUCGAACAAUUCGUUCCAUCGUGUAAACGUAUGAAGAUUCGAGAAAGAAACAGACGAAGAACGUUCUAAACGCUCGAGACGAAGAUGGAGCGAAUUUGGAAGAACUCGAACAGAGAUUAAGCGGUAUUUAGUGUCGUUAAGCGAUAUAACGUAUGUAUACACAUAGCGCGCAUAUAUUCUUCUAGCAAUUUAUCGGUAGAAGGAGCGAUUAUAUAGAAAUGAUCGAUGGUACACAAUUUGGUAGAGCUACAUUACCACAAAACAGCAAGCUACACAUACGUAACACGGUUCUUCCCCCGCGUGACGCGAAAUUUGUAUGUAAUUAGCAAACUUGUAGAAACGUUACGAACGAUAAACAAAACAGAUAGAAGGGAAGAAGUACGAAGUAUGAACAACGCGUUAGACCUCCGUUAACGCGAAGCAAUGUUUUCUAUAUAAACGAUAUCGAAAUAAAUACAUUAAACAUAAA